UGACUAACGUCUGGUAGGCUGACAGUUACAGCAAGAACGUUAACGUUACCUAAAGUCAGCUAGUUUUAUUUUGAGUUUUUAAUACGUAGUUCAGGUGAUGAAAACAAUAUAACUAGAUAGCUUUCUACUCUACUUAGCUUUUAACUUACAAAGUUAACUUUCACCACACGGUCAACAGGACCCAUCCUCCUCUUUCCACCCUGGCGUUUCCCUGUUUCGAUGGCAUUUAUCUCCCUAAGCAAGAAAAUGAAUUCGUGCAUCAUGUCAUGGAUGAGCUGGAAACAUACCAACAGAAGAGCAACCGCAAGAGUGUGCUCCUGUUCCCCUGUCUACCCAGCAGACUGCGAUACCUGAUUCACAAGACCAUAGAAGACCUGCCAGAGCUCACCACCUUCUCAAUAGGAGAAAGCUGGUGUCGCAGGGUGGUGGUCUGCCACUCUGAGCUCAGUGGUGAGAUCGAGGAAGACAGUGACUUGGAGAGCAACAACAGCUUGUGUGAAGAGCCUCUAAGAAGUAGGAAAGAGAUGGAUGGCUUUGCUAAGCCGAAAUCUUCAAUCCCAUCUCGAAGCCGAGGACCUAAGAGGCCGGACAAACCACUUUACAUGCCCCGAGCAGCUCGGGAGAGACUGUCCGUGCAAAAUGUACAAGGACCCACUGCAUACAAAGAGUUACUAAAUCCAGCCUCUAGUAGCUGUAGCUGCAUCAGCAGUUCAUCUGACUCUUGUUCCUGUUCUAAAACUACAGAAAACACUAAGCCCUCAUCAACAUCCAGACAGGAAUCACUCUCCAGUGUAGCGGACGGUAUCCUCAACCGUAUAGCAGACAGUUCAGUGCAUUGUCUUCAGGAACAGAAACAACAGUUGGUGCUGAGGCUCCAUGAAGCCGAGCCCCUUGUCUGGGACCAGACUGUGUCCUGCUUCACUGACAUGACUCUGGAGGAGGACGUGAAAGACAAAGAAGACCUUGCUAGUGUGCCAUACAGUGUCCUGACAGAAGACAUAAGCACAGACACAGAUAAUGUAACUGAAGAGAUCAAGGCACAUCUGAAAGAGACAGUGUCUUUUUCCAUUGAGCACGUCCACAAUGACUACUCUAUUUAUGAGAAUGUGUGCAUCAGCCCGGAUGAGUUUCGUCACGUGAUCGAGAUCUAUGACUUCCCGUCUGUGUUCAAAACAGAUGACCUCCUGGACGCUUUCACGGAAUACAGUGAUGGUGGAAUGAAGAUCAAGUGGGUGGACAACACACAUGCCCUGGGGGUUUUUUCCAGUGAGUCAGCAGCACUCCAUGCCCUCUCCAUCUGCCACCCACUGCUGAAGGCACGGGCAUUAGCCGAAGGGAGUAAAAAAGCCAAAGGCAAGGCCAUUAGACGAGCAGAGUUUAUCCAGCCAGUGAAGGAACGUCCCAGGACAGACUGUGCUGUUGCCAGGCGGAUGGUGACCAGAGCCUUGGGGCUGCAGGGACGAGGCAGAGUGCAGCGGUACUGAAGAGAAGUGCUUACACUGUCAGCAUGAUAUACAGAGAGGUCCAGCAGAGGUCUGCCUCUCCACAGUGGCCACAAUCCCCUAACUGAUCAUCAAGAGUAUGACUACCGUCCACCAGUGUUUGCCUGCUUCACGGCCCCACGUUACCAACAUCUGCCCUGCUCAAGUGUCCUUGAGCGAUACACUGAAUCACCACCAGCCUCAAAGUUGUUGUUCUGUAGCUCAACCUGACCCCUGACCUUUGGACAUUACUAUUGUGGUUCCUGUUGUUCACCUGUAGGAUCGCUAAUAAUAGGACAAUGAUACAUCUGUAUUAAAGAAACCAUGAAGUACUAAGCAUUCCGAUGCCAAAAGUGAUUUCAGAUAAAUCAAAGGGCACUGGAGAAAACUGGAGAAGCUCUCCUGCUUGUUCUGAUUUGAUUGCAUGUCGCCUUGAAACUAAAGUGCGUUUCGAGGUUGUUUUAAUAUGCAGGCAGGGUGUUUUUCGUUUCCUCCUUGCCCAGGUGAUCCAGGAUGUGUUGCAUAAUUCAAUGUAAGUAGUACUUGUUUUAUAACUUCAUGUCGAAUUGCUCCACAGAUUCAUUCUCAGGAUUUGGUUAAAGGAAGAUAUUACAUUGUGCGCUGUAGUUACAGCCAGAUUUUUAUAUGGAGUGCAAAACUCCCAACAGACCAAUGUAUCGUAGAACCAUUAACCGAAGCAGAUCUUUUAAAACACAAUAAUUACUGUUUUCAAAAGCCAGCAUUUAAGAGAGACAUGGUUACAAAGAAAAACACAUAACAAGCAGUGUUAUACUGGGCUUGAUAUUUAUUUUCUAAUGUUUUAGUUCAUUUUAAAACUUUGUUUUAUUUUUUGUAAACAAGUUGAAAGAUGCUCAGUUGUUUUUAAUAUUUAAUUUAUUCCUCUAGAUAGCAAAAAACUACCUAGGAUUGUUGGCUCAGAGGCAAAGUGUUCAAGUUGUUUCUCACUCCACGUUACAGAAAACUACAAGAUUUCAGACGUUUUCAAUCAACUAAAGUUUGAGCAUUGGAAACUUGAAUGUCCAGCCCUUUCUACAUGUUACUGUAUCAAUAUUUUUAUGUCAUUUUGUCAUUGACUUAACAUCAAUCUUCUGUAACGGGGUGUACAACAUGCCAAUAAGAGAGAACUGUAUAUGUAAAGGAAGAGGAGUGUUCUAUUUUUUGUCAAAGUGAAAUGGGCUGUUUCCUUGAAAUGAUCUUUUGUGCCUGAUUUCAGUUUGACGGGACUCUUUCUAUGGUAUGUCUAUGCAUUACCAUGACAGUUACCUGUAGAUUUAAACUCAUCUACAGUGUUGUGUAAUUUCAGGGAAAAGAGGACCUGAUUGUAGCAUUAAAUUCAGAAAAAUUCCAUGAAAAUAUGAAAAAUAUUAAAUGGUUUUUAACUUGAUAGGUUGUACAAAAAUGUUUCAGUGUUGUAAAAUUUUAAAUAAAACAUACAU